UGUCACAGCUGUUGUCACUGUGACCAUUGUGGUUUUAGCAGGAGCUGGGUGUCGGAGCAGCAGCAGCAGCAAGGACUGUGCUGAGCACGAGUGUUGGAGUGGGGCAGGGGAAAGGCUGGGAGAGCUGGGGGUGCUCACCUGGAGAGGAGAAGGCUUCAGGGAGAGCUCAGAGCCCCUUCCAGGGCUUAAAGGGGCUCCAGGAGAGCUGGAGAGGGACUGGGGACAAGGGAUGGAGGGGCAGGACACAGGGAAUGGCUUCAUACUGAUACAGGGCAGAGUUAGGGGGGAUAUUGGGAAGGAAUUGUUCCCUGGCAGGGUGGGCAGGCCCUGGCACAGGUGCCCAGAGCAGCUGUGGCUGCCCCUGGAUCCCUGGCACUGUCCAAGGCCAGGCUGGACAGGGCUUGGAGCAGCCUGGGACAGUGGAAGGUGUCCCUGACAUGGCAGGGGGUGGGAGUGGCCUUUGGGGAUCUUUCCAACCCACACCAGUCUGUGAUUCUGUGACCCCCAGGAUGCUGUGAACAGCCCCUCUGGGGGUGCUGUGGGAGCAGCAGAACUGGCCAGGCAUUGCUGUCACUGCCCUGGCAGCAGCCCCAGGCUGCCAGCAAUGUGCCAAGCCAGGCCACGCUGCAGACCUGCACCUCCUCCUGCUGCUCCCGAGUUUGUCCCUCGGUGUGGCGAGACCCCCGGGCUCCUCCUGCCAGAUGAAACCCAACCAGCACCUCCCAGCAGCCAGAGCAGCCAGCAUGAUACUGCCUGUAAGCCUCACCACUGUAUUUGCUUAUUAACCUGGGUUUCGUGCCAGCUCGGAGCGUGCUCACCUCAGUGCUGGCAAGCCUGGCACGGGCAGCGAGGAGGAGGUGGGAGGCUGCUGGUAGCUGCUGAAAGCAGGAUGUGCCUCUCCCACGCUGGAGCUACUUUUUGCGGCUCCGGAGGAGCAGGAAACACCGGCCCAGCUUGGCAGGGGCUUUCAGAGCCGCCUCGGGUUCAGGAGGGACCUGGGCAUCCGGGCCGCGGCAGCAGCGCCUGGGAGGAGCCCAGGCCCUGGGACAGCCCAGGGCGCUGUGUGACAGCGCUGUCCCCGAGCCAGGGUGUCCCGGGGCAGCGCUGUCCCCGAGCCAGGGUGUCCCGGGGCAGCGCCGAGCCGGGGCUGCGGCACAGCGGCGAUGUCCGGGCUGGGACACGGCGGGGCAGGAGCGUCCUGCGGCCCACGGCGCCGUGCCAGGGGCCAGCCCCACUCCCAGCCCCUGUCCCGUUCCCGGCACCGCUUGUAACCUCCUGCCUCAUUCCCUGUUCUGUUCCCAGUCCCGUGUCCCGUUCCCAGCCCUCAGUCCCGUUCCCAGCCCUCAGUCCCGUUCCCCUCCCUCAGUCCCGUUCCCGCCGAGCCCCACCUCAAGGCGGGGCCUGCACACACCCCGGUGCCCCCACACAGAGCCUCCGGCCCCUCACGCACGGACAGAGCUCACUUCCCGGUCCCGAUCCCGAUCCCCAUCCCGGUCCCAAGCCCUCAGCCACGUCCCUGCGGCAAACGGCGGCUGCCUCCUCCUCCUCCCCGGCCCCGUCCCCGCCAUCCCCCGCAACUCUCCCGGCGCCAGGCUCGGGCAACCACCGACAGACACAGCGAUGUCACGUCUUUAUUUAAAA